AUGAUAAUGUCGAGGCUCAUUUUCCUACGCCAAGCUCACCGAACUUUAUAUGAAAUUACAUACAGUAUAACUGAAUUUUACUCUUGGCCUAUUUUAUUUGCCAUCACCGGUUGUUGUACGAGACUAAUUUUGAGCUUAUAUUACCUGAUAAUGGUAAUAAUGUCUGUAAAAGCAGCAUCUGUAACGAGAUAUAUUCUAGCUUUUCUAUGGGUGAUUGUAUUUAUUUUUCCAAUUAUACCUCUAACUGGCUUCGUUACCAGAAUUAGCACCGAGAUUAAAAGAACUGGAGAUGUUGUAAAUAGAAUUAUGAAUAAGUAUUCGACACAAAUAAAAAUUCAUUAUGAGUUGGAACAAUUUUCUAUUGAAUUACUUCAUAGAAAAUUACGAUUCACAGCUUGUGGGUUAUUUUCAUUGGAUGGAGGUCUAGUAACAUCGAUGACUAGUACCAUGAUUACAUACAUGAUUAUCUUGGUGCAGUUCAAAGACUCCAUUUUAACAGUACCAACGCCAACAACUCCACCAACAUCGACUCACAAUAUGAUGUGUACUUAG